AUGAGCACCCAAAGAUACUGCGCCAGUCUCCAUUUGUGGACAUGUCUUCUUCUUCUUCUUCUUUCAGUGCAAUCUUUUGGGCUUGACACAGAUGGCCUUCUUCUACUUUCCUUCAAAUUUUCCAUUCUUCAAGACCCUCAACGUGUUCUUGAGACCUGGAAUUCGCACGACGACACGCCAUGUUCAUGGAGAGGUGUCGUUUGCGGAGGAGUGUCGUCUGAUACGUGCCAAAGAGUCAUAGGCCUGGCUCUGCCCAACUCUCAGCUUCUGGGUUCAAUCCCAUCCAAUCUUGGCAUGAUCCAGCACCUUCAAAGUCUCAAUCUUUCCAACAAUUCUCUCAAUGGGUCUCUGCCAAUCUCCAUAUUCAACGCCACGGAGCUUCGAGUUCUUGACUUGUCGUACAAUCUCAUCUCCGGUGAGCUGCCAGACACCAUAUCACAGCUCACCAAGCUCCAGCUCCUCAACCUCUCCGACAAUGCCUUGGCGGGAAACUUACCCACCAAUCUCACUUCUCUCCGCAGCCUAACGAUCGUUUCUUUGAAGAACAAUUACUUCUCUGGUGGUCUUCCAAGCGGGUUCAAGUCCGUACAGGUUUUAGAUCUGUCUUCCAAUCUGAUCAACGGCUCUCUGCCUUCUGAUUUCGGCGGCAACAGUCUGAGUUACUUUAACGUCUCCCACAACGGACUUUCCGGGAAAAUCCCACCGCUGUUUUCCGAGAUAAUUCCAGGUAAUGCCAAAACCGACCUCUCAUUCAACAAUCUCAGUGGCGAAGUUCCGGAAUCUCAGGUUUUCUUGAACCAAGAAACAGAGUCUUUUCUUGGAAACCCUGAUCUGUGUGGCCAGCCAACCAAGAACCCAUGUCCUAUUCAAUCUUCACCCUCUUCUUCACCCAAUGUUUCUUCACCAAAUUCUCCUCCAGCAUUUGCUGCAAUUCCCAGGACUUUGAAUUCAUCGAACCCAGAAGCCAUUUCACCAAGAUCAGAGAAAGGGCGUUCACGAGAGAGCCAAAGCGGGCUUAGACCAGCAGCCAUUGUUGGGAUCAUAGCUGGUGAUAUAGCAGGGAUUGCACUUCUUGCUUUGAUUUUCUUGUACAUAUACAGAUUGAAGAGAAAGAAGAAGAGCAACAAAUCUGAUAUCACCACAACGCUCAAGAAAGAAGCAAAUUCCAAUUCUACACCACCAGUCAAUGAUUGGUCUUCUUCCUCAUCAGAAUCAAAAGGGUUCACAAGAUGGUCUUGCUUGAGAAAGAGAACCGAAGAAGAAGAGAGCUCAGAUACCACCGCCUCCGACCCUGAAGAUCAUCAAACGGACCAAAAUGCGCAAAAGGGUCAAGAAAUCAAACGCCAACAAGAACAGGAACAGAGCAAAGGCGGGACCUUGGUGACUGUUGACGGUGAAAAGGCGCUUGAGCUCGAGACACUACUCAAAGCCUCAGCUUACAUCCUUGGAGCCACUGGUUCAAGCAUAAUGUACAAGGCGGUUCUUGAAGAUGGCAGUUCCCUAGCGGUUCGCAGAAUCGGCGAGCACAGUGUGGACCGGUUCAAGGAUUUUGAGAACCAAGUGAAGCUGGUGGCCAAGUUAGUCCACCAAAAUCUGGUUCGAAUUCGUGGGUUCUAUUGGGGGGUGGAAGAGAAGCUCAUCAUCUAUGACUUCGUUCCAAAUGGCAGCCUCGCAAACGCCCGUUACAGGAAAGUCGGCUCCUCGCCUUGUCAUCUACCAUGGGAAGCUAGGCUCAGGAUAGCGAAAGGCGUAGCCCGUGGGCUUGCGUACCUCCACGAGAAGAAGCACGUCCACGGAAACCUCAAGCCCACCAACAUUCUCUUGGACAAUGACAUGGAGCCCAAAAUUGGCGAUUUUGGACUCGAGAGACUUUUGUCGGGCGACACUAGCUACAAAAUUGGAAGCUCAAUCCGAAAUUUCGGAAGCAAGAGAUCAACCACCUCGCGCGAUAGCUUUCAAGAUUUUGGGCUUGGGCCUAGUCCGGGCCCAAGUCCGAGCCCUAGUUCCAUGGGCACAUCGCCUUACCAUGCACCAGAGUCGCUUCGGAGCCUAAAGCCCAACCCAAAGUGGGAUGCGUACUCAUUUGGGGUGAUAUUGCUUGAGCUACUAACAGGGAAAGUUGUGAUUAUGGAUGAGACAGGGCAGGGCCUUGGGCUUGCAGUUGAUGACACAAGCAGGGCUUUCAGGAUGGCAGAUAUGGCAAUUAGGGCUGAGUUGGAGGGCAAAGAGGAGGCCUUGUUGGCCUGCUUCAAGUUAGGGUAUAAUUGUGCCUCACCUGUCCCACAAAAGAGACCAGCAAUGAAAGAAGCCCUGCAAGUCCUUGAGAAAUUCCCAUCUUCAUCAUCGUCAUCGUCAUCAUCAUAUUAUUAUGGCCACUAA